AUGAGCUCAUCAUCUCCAUUAUGGAAAAUCUCUUCGAUUCGUUUAAGAGUAGCUCUUCUCAUUCUUGCCGCUCUUUCUAUCGAGGGACUCAUGAGAAGCAAUUUGAACAUGGCAAUGGUCUGCAUGUUGAACUCAACUUUGUUGGCUCAAGAGAAACGAGUGAUCAAUUCAUCGAGUGACAUCGAUCUCUGCCCGGUUAUGGAAAUUGGGAACAGAGCACCGAUGCUGGAUAAAGGAACUUUCGCGUGGACUUCUCAAGAGAGAGCGAUUCUUUUUGCAAUGUUUUAUGUGGGUGGCUUGGUCGCCACACUCACCACUGAACCUCUCACUCGGAGAUUCGGUCCAAAAGUGGUUGUGAUGUGGGGAGCGUUGGUGAAUGUGCUGGGCACUUUCCUCACCCCGCCAACAGCCGUUCAUCUUGGCGCUCUCCCGCUAUUCAUUGUCAGAUUCGUUAUGGGAUUUGGACAGGGUGUACUGUAUCCCUGUAUGGCCGUUUUGGUGGCUCAUUGGUUCCCGGCAGCUGAGAAGAGCACAGCUAUCGCUAUCACAACCACUGGGAAUCAGGUCUCUGUGGUCGUUGCCCUCUUUCUUACAGCUGAGCUCUGUCAACUCCCGUGGCUCGAUGGAUGGCCCUUUGCUUUUCAUUUAUACGGACUUGUUGGAGCAAUCUUCUGUGGUCUUUGGUGGUGGGGUGUAAGCGAUCAUCCGGCCACAAAUCCUUAUAUCACGGCAGCUGAAAAGAGUCACAUUGACGAGGGACGCAAAGCGAAUCCGCAUACGGAAAAACCCCGAUGGGGUGUUCUAUUAAAAUCGCCGUUGAUCUGGUCACUUGCUGGUUGUUCAUUCUGUCACAAUUUCAUCACUGUCGGUACUGUCACUUAUCUUCCGCUCUACUAUCGAACCGUGCUCAAUAUGAGUCUCACAUCGAAUGGAGUAUUCUCGGCGCUGCCCUUUGUGGGACAAUUUAUCUCUAAGGUGGCUUUUGCCGGUUUUGCUGAUGAGGCAAAGAAACGGAAAUGGAUGAGCAUCACAACUGUCACAAAAUUGUGCAAUUCUUUAGCGUCAUUCGGCAUCGGAAUCUGUUUCUUGCUUUUGUGCUUUUGCGGAUGUGAGGCAAGGGGAUGGGCUAUAUUGGGUGUGUUUGGAGCGAUGGCCUUUGUGAGUGGAUAUGUGCCUGGAUACAAUACAAGUGUUGUUUGUGUGGCUCCAUCACAAACAGCCGCCAUCGCCUCGUUCACUCGCUUUUGGGCCCAAGUCGGAUCGGCCAUUGCUCCAUAUAUGAUUGGAGCACUCGCGAAAACGGGUGCCUUAUCUGAAUGGAGACUCGUCUUUGGCACGAUUGUCGUUUUCUGCUUGAUCACCGGGGUUCUAUUUCAGUGGGUCGGCUCAGCUUCGAUUCAAUCUUGGGAUACGGUGGGACAUCCAAUGGAUAAUCGGCUUAUCGUACAAGAUGGAGAAAUUGAGGAAAAAGAGAAAAUGACAGAAAGGACAACUGUGGAGACGCCGAUCAAUGAAAAUCUUUGUGCAGAGGAGACACAGGGAGGAGGGAAUUUAAUCCUG